AUCGGUUAGUAACAGCCGAUCCGUCGGCCGUGUCGCGCGUGUCCGGCGAAAUUUUGUCGGUGCUCAUAGCGAAAACUGUUGCGACGACAGUUUUGCAACGAUCGUUCGCGUUUUAUCGUGUCGGCGGCGCGCGCUCGUUUUCCAUUUUCUUCGUCGUCGGUUUUCUGCACGCUUGGCCGGGCGUCUUUCCGUUCGCAUCGGCCGCACGGCCUCGCCACCGUCGCCGCGACCAUGAACAGUGCUAAAAAUACGAGUUUCGUCGACGCGGACGUCGACUUGCACCUGAAGAUAUCCAAUUACGAGGAGACCGUCAAACACUUGGACAUCUACUACGGCAUAGUCAAAAGACAAUUGUUGAGGUACCAAAGCGCUAUAAAUGGUCUAUUUCCAGUAUUAUCUGAUGACGAUGUAGAAGCCAGCGUUAGAGACAGCAUUUAUUGUGCCGCUGCAAUUUGGAGUUUAUUUCAAGCGUAUAGGAGAAUAGAUGACGAUCGAGGAAAAUCUUAUGAAUUGGGCCAAUCUGCGGUGAAAUGUAUGAGGGGAAUAUUAGCAUGUUGGAUCAGACAGGCAGAUAAAGUUGAAAAUUUCAAAAAACAUCAAUGUAAUAAGUUUGCGUUACAUUCAAAGUUCAAUUUAAGAAACGGCAAUGUUAUAUAUUCAGGUGAAGAAUAUCCUCAUUUGCAGAUUGAUGUUGUAUCCCUAUAUCUUAUUUAUUUGGUCCAAAUGACUACAUCAGGGUUGCAAAUAAUUUAUACGAAGGAUGAAGUAGCGUUCGUUCAAAAUUUAGUAUACUACAUUGAACGUGCGUACAGAACGCCAGAUUAUGCUAUGUGGGAAAGAGGAAGUUCCUACAACGACAACACACCUGAAAUUCAUGCAAGUUCUAUUGGAAUGGCUAAAAGUGCUUUGGAAUCUAUUAAUGGUUGUAAUUUAUUUGGAGACAAAGGAGCUUCUUGGUCUGUGAUAUACGUAGAUAUUGACGCACACAAUAGGAAUAGAAGUAUAUUUGAAACGUUACUGCCGAGAGAAUCGAGUUCAAAAGCCGUCGAUUCAGCGUUACUCUCGACUAUAUCGUAUCCCGCAUUUGCUACUCACGAGGACGUAUUGGUAUCGUAUACCAAAGCCAACAUCAUCAAAAAACUCAAGGGACGUUAUGGAUUUAAACGGUUCAAAAGAGACGGUUAUAAAUGUGCUGUCGAGGACCAAAUGAGGACCUAUUACGACGUCGGAGAAACUAAAGAUUUUGAAAACAUAGAAAACGAAUGGCCCAUAUUUUUUUUGUAUAUGAUAAUUGAUGGAGUGUUCAAAAAUUUACCGCAACAAGUCGAGGAGUACAAAAUGUUGUUGAAAGACGUCAUGAAGACUGAUAGUUUCGGCGAUCCAUAUAUACCUAUGUUUUAUUACGUAACCAAGGAGAACGUGGACUACGAGAAAGCAGAUCCGGGCAGUCAGCUGAGGUCGGCAGCGCCAUAUUACGAUGACGGACAGGACGCGCCGUUAUUCCUAUGGAACCAAGCGUUGUAUGUCAUAGCUGAACUUCUUACUUCUAACCUGUUACACAUCAACGAGUUAGACCCGAUUCGCCGAUAUUUGCCGUCCUAUAACAGACCCAAACGGCCAGGACGUUAUUCUGCAUUCCAGACGAGGCAAAGUUCUGGGACCGCUACGGAUUUAGUAGUUCAAGUGGUUCUCAUAGCUGAAUCUAUGAGACUGCAAGCAAUGAUGGCCACGUACGGUAUCCAGACGCAGACGCCGCACGAAGUCGAACCUGUUCAAAUUUGGUCAUCCACUCAGCUGGUCAAGGUGUAUAAAAAUUUGGGCAUAAAUAGCAAGUUGAAAUUAACCGGAAGACCUCUGCGACCAAUCGGUGCGCUUGGAACCAGUAAAAUGUACAGAGUAUGCGGCAUGACAGUUCUGUGUUAUCCUCUUAUAUUCGAAGUAUCUGAGUUCUACCUAUAUAGAGACAUGUCACUUUUGAUUGAUGACAUUAAAACCGAAUUACAAUUUGUCAGUAGAUUUUGGCGGUUGUCUGGAAGACCCACGGUCUGCUUAUUAAUUCGAGAAGAACACAUGAGAGAUCCGCAGUUUGAAGAGAUGUUGGAUUUAUUUGCAAUGCUAAAGAAAGGCCACUGUGAUGGUAUUAAAGUGAGAAUCGGGAGAUUACAAAAUUUACUGUCUUCGUCGUGUAUGGAACAUUUGGACUUUAUGAAUAAUGUCGGAGCAAAUAAUUUGGAAUUUGAACCUUUCAAGCAAUUGGAAUACGAUUAUAGCGGUUAUCAGAGCUUGACGGAUGUACCCAAAGCGUCGGUUUAUACGGAAGAUAUUAUAAACAUCGAGAAUUAUCAAAAUAAGAGUACUAACGAAAUUAUUCAGACAAUACGAAACGGAGUCGGUCUAUUCUCACAAGCGCAGCUUUAUGGCCUGUUGUUGAAAAGAGAAAGCUUCGAAAAGGAAGUAAAUGGAUCUACAAUCAGAGAACAUUUGACAACUUUAUACCACAGCGCCGGUUGUCUUCACUAUUGGAUAGCCGUUCGAUAUUGCAGCAGCUUAUUGUGCCACACGGUCGACAGCAUAAGUCCAUUUAUUACCACUGUUUUGGUCAACGGGAAACAGCUCACCGUCGGAGUGGUGGAUCAAAAGGAAACGGUGUUCGACAAGCCGAUGACACCAGCAGCGAUACACUCUAUAAUGUAUUCAACCAUACAGCCGUACAACAUCAUACAAGCGGUGCUGCAGCAGGAAAUAAUUCUGUACUGCGGCAGGCUGAUCGGUACUAAUCCAGAUGUGUUCAAAGGAAUUUUGAAAAUUAGAGUGGGAUGGGUCUUAGAAGCAAUGAAAUUACAGUUAAAAACGGAGAAAGAAACAAAAAUGGUUGAAAACUUGAGUCCAUAUGCCAUCCGGCAGUUGUUGCAAAAAAUAUUGACAGUCAAGGAGUGGGCGCAAAAAGAACAGAUUAGCAUGUUUCAAAAGCGCCAACUCGAGGGCUGCUGGUGCCGGGUGCCCAAUCAGUUCUACAAUCAGGUGUGGGACAUACUAAGACGUACGCCUAAAGGCAUACGAGUUCGAAAUCAAGUUUUGCCACAGCAGCCAACCAUCAACAACAUGACCCACUCCGAACUGCAGUUUGCUCUUUACGUGGAGAACAUGUUGAACCACAUAGACAAACCAGAGUACAGACAACUCAUCGUCGAGUUGUUGUGCAUAGUCUCCACGAUCCUUACGCGCAACCCAGAACUCACACUUAAGGAGCUGAAUUUAGAUAAUCUAGUGAACGAGGCGAACAGAAUAUUUUGCAAGGACAAUCAACUGGUGCGCACCGAAAAUCUAGACAAUUUUAUUUCAGCAAAAUAUUCGACCACCACCGGGUAUCUAGCCAGAGCCGUUGUCAACAACAUACUGACCGGUGGUCAAUUGGAAACAUCGGUCGUCGAAAUCGACGACGAGAACGACCAGAACGAAGACAAAUGCAUGGUGUCGUAACGAACAGUGCUCUGUUGUGUUUUCGGUCAUUCGCCGAAUCGUCCACGUAUUCCCUAGUCAUUAAAAAAAUUUAAAAAAGCCGCGUGUAUUGUAUUAAUAAAUGUAAUACUAUUAUUUUGUACAGUUGCUGUCUCUUAUUAUAGUGGAUAUUGAUCCUAUA